AAGACUCUCCAACCUCUCUAUUCCUCAACUUUUGCACCUUUGCUCAUUCUCUCCUCUUAACCAUUCCGAGACAACAACAAAACUCACCACAACACCAAGUUCCAAAUUUUGCUCCUUUUUUAUUUAUUUAUUUUGUUUUUUUAUGAUCAUUUUCCUCCCAAAUUUUGUUUUUUUCUUAGAACCCACUUGCUCACUUUAACCUAUUUUCACUUGUGUAAUCUUGGCAUAGACUUGUGUUAAUGGAAAACUCACCAGGUUGGGAGCAAAAGACACUGAUAAAUGAGCUAGCACGAGGAAAAGAGCUAGCUAAGCAGCUCCAAAACAAUCUGACAUCUUCAUCGCAUGAAACGUGCGAAUUGUUAAUUCACAAUAUUUUGAACUCGUACGACAAGGCGCUCUCAAUGCUGAAAUGGAAUGGAUCAGUGGCUGGAGAACCACAGCUCACCGGAGCUGCAAUGGGGAUAACGUCUGAAUCCCCGUCCCUCUGUGGAAGUCCCCAUAGCGAAGACUCUGACCGGGAUCUCAAGGAUCAUGAGCACAAAGAUGGCUCUAGGAAGAGGAAGAGUACGCCGCGGUGGACACAACAAGUGCAAGUUUGCCCCGGGACAGGACUUGAAGGACCACUUGAUGAUGGCUAUAGUUGGAGAAAAUAUGGACAGAAAGACAUUCUUGGAGCCAAAUAUCCAAGAGGUUAUUACAGAUGCACUCAUAGAAAUGUCCAGGGCUGUUUGGCAACAAAGCAAGUCCAAAGAUCAGACGAAGACCCAACAAUUUUUGAAAUCACUUACAGAGGAAGACACACCUGCACUCCUCAACCACCACCACCACCGGAAAAACAAGAACAACCACCAAACACAACCUUAGACAACCCACCACCACCACCACCACAACAACAACAACAAUCACUUGAAACACUCUUGAACUUCCAAACAGGCCUCAAAGUCAUCACUGAAGAUUUAGAAACUCCCAACAACAACCAAACACUCCCUUUCUUCUACUUCCCUUCAACUUCCCAAGAAAACUGUAAUGUUCAUCUUCACUCUCCUUCUAUGGGUAACUUCUCUGACCCUUCUUUCAUCUCUCCGGCAACGUCGGGAACGAGCUAUUUCUCGUUGUCGCCAUCGCCAACUGGGACCGGUAUGGCUGGCUUUGGAGGGAACCAAAGUUUGGACGGUUCAGAUCAAUCUGAGCUUGCUAAGAUUGUUGCAGCAGCAGCAGCAGUUACUUCUUCAGCCGCUACCUCUCCAACUGCUGGUUUGGAUUUUCCAUUUGGUUCCAUGGAUCAGUUUGAACCAAGCUUUUCUUUUGACAAUAAUCCCGGAUUCAUUAACUAAAUUUUGUUUUUUCAGGGUUAAAUAGAAUUCCAGUCUUGGUCUCAUCUCAACGUAUGCGUUUUGUUUUAUUUUGAUUACCGAUAUUUUAAUUGGAUAGAUUUGAUUCCAACUUAUUUUAUUUGUGUUUAAAUAGUCUCCUGUGCUAUUUUCAUCUAAAUUUUAUGUAAAAUAAAAUACUUCUUAUUCUAUUAUAAAAUUUGGAUGAAACAUUACUGGGACCAUCUAAACACAAAUUAAAUAAAUUGAGAACCGAAUUAUACAAUUGAUAUUGGGAACCUAGAUGACAUAGAGCGUAUAUUUUGAGAGCCUUUAAUGUAUUUAAGCCAAAAAAACAAACAAACAAA